AAGCUCUAGCUGACUGGACAGGUGACGAGGUAAGCUAGCGUAGUGAGUCACGUCAGCGAAAGGAUGAAAUUGAGCCGGUUUGGAUAGUUGGAGAAUCGAUUUGAAUUUUUUUCAUAGUUGAGCCAAGCUGCUGAAAAUGGACCGCGAGUGAGAGGGAACCGGAUCCUCUGAGAGACCAUGGCUCCCUGGGUAGCCCUAGCCGACAGGCUAGCGGGGUCCAUCCUUCGUUCUGGGUUUCCAUGGGGGCCCAGUUCGGCCCAACAGAAUCGCGGCGCGCUGAAGAAGCUGAACAUCCCGAGGCCACGACCGCGUCGAGAGCAUCGCCCUCUGCCGUCGAACCUCCUCGCCGUGCACAGCACCGGCGUCUGUCCUGUCCGCCGGCCAGCCGCCCACCCCACCGCCUCCGCGCCUAUCGCCUCCCGCAUCCCGCCUCCCCGCCACGCCACGGGAAGCCCGGGCAACGCCGACCCGAUCGCCGCCUUCCUGGCAGCCAGCGCGCCGCCCCGUGAGCCCACCCGACGGGGCCUCGCAUUCUUCACGGACCUCGCGCUCGCCACGGUGCUCGGCGGGCGGAGAGGCGUCCGUCGUGCUGCUCCGAGCGAAGGGGCCACGAUCUCUAGGACGGUCCCGGGUGCGCGCUCCGGCAGCACCUCAGGGAUUGAUAGACAAUUGAUUGUGUCCCACCUAGGUGCAUUGGAUCUAGUUGCUGGCUAGGAAGUACACUAGGACAGAUUACUUUGUCUCGGAGAUGUCUGAUGGGGAUUCAUCUGAUUUCACCUUCUACAAGUUUAGUUCUGCAGAAAAUAGUGGACAAUUAGGAUCUUCUACAGCCAUUCCUGUGCCAAGCAUUGAAAAGAAGAAUGGCAUGGAAACUAAUGAUUCACAUAAAGAUAGAAGGGCUGAUAGCAGCAUCAGUGCGUCGACACAAGACUAUAACAUGAAAGAGCCAGUUACACAAACAAGUAGUGAAGAAGAAUCAAAUGUUCCAUCUCAGGGAGAAUCUUCAUCGAAGAAACCUGUAGCGCGAGCAAAGGUUCCUUUCGAGAAGGGCUAUAGCCAAAUGAAUUGGCUAAAGCUGACACGUACGCAUCCUGAUCUAGCUGGGCUUAAGGGGCACUCAAACCGAAGGUUAAUUUCUUUGGAAGAAGUUAAGCAGCAUAAAACUGGAGACUGUAUUUGGACAGUUCUUAAAGGUCGUGUAUACAAUAUUGCUCCAUACAUGAAAUUUCACCCUGGAGGAGUUGAUAUGCUUAUGAAAGCUGCUGGAAAGGACUCCGCUGCUAUGUUCAAUAAAUACCAUGCUUGGGUAAAUGCAGAGUUCCUUUUAGAGAAGUGCCUUGUCGGAUUCGUUGAUCCCAACGAGUAGAUCUGCACAGUUCGGGCCAGAAUGGCAUUCUAGUAUCAUUUUUGUACUCUUGAUCAUCCUCUGGUGACUGGUGCUUAUGUGCAUUGGCCGAUGAAUUAAAGAAUGUAUAUACUCUUGCUUCACGAUGGGAAUAUGAUGAUUA